UUUAAACAAUUUUUUAAAUUAUAUUAAUGUAAAAAUAUUAAAUAUUUGUCUUAUUUGAAUCUCUAUUCGUUUCGAAAUUGCAAAGUAUUAGAAUAGCAAUAAAAUUAAAAAAAAAAAUCAACACAUUACAAAACUAUAAAUUGCAUUCCGACAAAAAUGGCUUGACGGCUUGACAAGGUUAAGUUUUAACCAGAUUUCUAUCAAAAUUGCAUCACGUCCGCAUAAUCUAAUAUUAAUAAUAGAGAUAAUGUGAUAUCAAAUUCUAUGGGAAGAGUAGAUAAGAAACGAAGUUGUGAAAAUAUAAAUAGUUAACAGUUGAUAGUUUGUAUUGCCAAUUUCUCUCUUCUAUUACUUAAUCUCUCAUUAUACAAAGUGUGACGUCAAAUUCUUUCGCGCGUAAUAGUUUUUUCAGUCAAAGAAAUGAAUUUUAGAGUUAAUUUGUCCUAUUAGAAAUACAAUUUCAAAUGCAAUGAAAAUAAACGAGAAAAACAUGGUAGCUUUUGCAACUUCGGCAACACCAGUAGAUCGUGAAGGCUGGUUAUACAAACGUGGUGAAUUGAAUCGUGGUUAUCAAAAAAGAUGGUUUGUUCUCAAAGGAAAUAUAUUAUUUUAUUUCGAUCGACGCGGUGACAAAGAACCAGUUGGUAUGAUAGUUCUUGAAGGUUGUACUAUUGAAUUGGCAGAAGAUGAGGAACAAUUUGGUUUUCAAAUUGUAUUUCAUGGUCCAAAUAAUAGAAAUUAUGCUCUUGCAGCAGAAUCUCAAGAAUCUAUGGAGCAAUGGAUGAAAGCUUUAGCAUGUGCAAGUUAUGAUUAUAUGAAGUUAAUGGUAGCAGAUUUACAAAGACAAUUGGAUGCUGCAGAAGAAGAAACAACAAUGGUGGUAGCUCCUUCACAAUCUCCUAAAGCUCCACCAAGGCAACGACAUAAUCCUUUUAAUAGAUCAGAAUUUCAUCAUCGUUCACAGAGUGUUAGAUCUGCCCCUGGAAGAACAGAAAAUGUUCCAAGAACAAGGAUAACAUUCCGUGAAUUGCAUAAUAUGUAUGGUAGAAGAAUUUUAGCUGAUUUAAAUGAAUGGAGACACACAAGGAAAGCUGCUGAAGCUCCCUUGAUCAGUUUUUAAUAAUGCAUUUCAUAUAAAUUGUAAAUAUUUAAUUCAAUGUAAGAUUAUAAAGUAGUCGAUAAAAGAAAUAUAUUAAGUUCAUAAAUUCGUCUCAUCUAUAUAUUUAAAAAUCAUAAUAA